UCUCGACACUGUGCUCGCUAGUGGCGAGGGGGUUUAGAGGAGUAAGCACCCGAGAGGCUCGCGAAAGUUAGAUCGGCCCGCCAAGGUCCUUAAGAGGACUGAGAAGACUCCUCCUCCUCUAGCUCUCAUUGUUACGAGCCCGGCCGUGGGUCUGGUUUCCCAGGUUGAAGCUUCCACCAUAAAUGUCCCCCCUGUGCCUCCUACUAUCAUGGUCCGCCCAAUGCUCGGCCCUCCUCCGAAGAAACCAGCGUCCAAAGGGCUCCUGUUGUUGAUUUCUACUCAUGUUGAUGAGUAUGUCGUCGACAACACUGCCGGGACUCAUGGAGCUACACUUGUCUCGGACAUCCUGUCUUGGGUAGGCCAGAGCAUUAGCAGCUUCGAGGCUCCCCAGUGGCAGUUUUUGAACAAUGCUCGGGACUGCAACACCCUUUAUGACAAGAGUGUCAAGCUCGCUGCUGCGUCUCUUGGUGCCGUUGCUCAGCUUAACUAUAAGUUGAACAAUGAGGUCCACUCGAGCAUGUCCUAUGCCCAAGAGUCGAAGAAUCUUCAACUUAAGCUCACUGACGAGUUCAAGGUUGCAAAGGCAAAGAUGGAGGCUGAAGCCGAGCAGAUGAAGGCCAGGAUAGUCGAGCUUGAGAAGGUGAACGCCAGGCUCGAGGAUCUUGAGAAGAUCAAUGCCAAGCUUGAGGAGGAGAAAAAGGCUACCUUCGAGAUAAUGGAGGGCGAAAAGGCUCGUCUUCUCGCAGAGUUCAAGGAGAAGAAGGAUCGGGCGGUUGACCUGGCCAUGUACAGGAACUGGGCCAAUAACGCCGAUCUUGAUACCAGCUUCCUAGGCUCUUUUGAGGAAGAGCUCGUGGCCAAAUGGCAGGCUUGACUCGAUGCGGAGGAGGUUGCUCGGGAGGAGGCAGAGAGGGCCAAGGAGGAUGCUGAGAAGGCUAAGGAAGGCGCUCCUUCCUCCUAAAUCUCGACCCAGGGCUGCGUCCCUUUGAACCUCUUGUAAUAGUUUUUUAUCUUCUGUUUUUUAUGCCCCUGGGGCUAAGACAAUUUAUAGCUCGUGAAAGAGCUAUUUUCUUAUGAUAUCUGUAAUACCGUAUUUGAAUUUACUUUAAUAUUUUUGCUUUACAUUUCUUAAGUCGAAAUAUUUCAAGCAAUUUAUAUUAAAGUGUCCUUAUGUCUG